UUUUUUAUUAUUUUUGCAGCAUGGGCUUCCUACAUGACCAACUCCCCGACGCUGAUCGUGAUGAUCGGGCUGCCUGCGCGGGGCAAGACUUACAUGUCCAAAAAGCUCACCCGCUACCUCAACUGGAUCGGGGUGCCCACCAAAGUGUUUAAUUUAGGGGUGUAUCGGCGCAAGGCGGUGAAGUCCUACAAGUCCUACGACUUCUUCAGGCACGACAACAAAGAGGCCAUGGAAAUCCGCAAACGCUGUGCCCUGGUGGCUCUGGAAGAUGUGAAGUCUUAUCUCUUGGAAGAGUGUGGGCAAAUAGCUGUCUUUGAUGCGACCAACACGACUCGGGAGCGUCGGGACCUGAUCUUAAAUUUUGCUAAGGAAAAUGCUUUCAAGGUGUUUUUCGUGGAGUCGGUGUGUGAUGAUCCAGAGGUGAUCGCUGCCAAUAUCCUGGAGGUGAAAGUUUCCAGCCCCGACUACCCAGAGAGGCACCGGGAGAACGUGAUGGACGAUUUCCUGAAGAGGAUCGAGUGCUACAAGGUCACCUACCAGCCUCUGGAUCCGGAUGCUAAUGAUAAAGAUCUUUCCUUCAUUAAAGUGAUCAAUGUGGGCCAGCGCUUCCUGGUGAACAGAGUCCAGGAUUACAUCCAGAGUAAAAUCGUUUAUUACCUGAUGAACAUCCACGUGCAGCCCCGCACCAUCUACCUGUGCCGGCACGGGGAGAGCGAGUACAACCUGGUGGGCAGGAUCGGGGGCGACUCUGGCCUGUCAGCCCGAGGGAAGCAGUUCUCCCAGGCACUGAAGAAAUUCAUUGAGGAGCAGGAGAUCGUGGACCUGAAGGUGUGGACGAGCCAGCUGAAGAGAACAAUCCAGACAGCAGAGUCCCUGGGGGUGCUGUACGAGCAGUGGAAGAUCCUCAACGAGAUCGAUGCUGGGGUCUGUGAAGAAAUGACCUAUGCAGAAAUUGAAGCCAAGUAUCCGGAGGAGUUUGCCAUGAGGGAUCGGGAGAAAUAUCUUUAUCGUUAUCCUGGAGGGGAGUCCUACCAGGACUUGGUGCAGCGCCUGGAGCCAGUAAUUAUGGAGCUGGAAAGGCAAGGCAACGUCCUGGUCAUCUCCCACCAGGCAGUUAUGAGGUGUCUCCUGGCUUAUUUUCUUGACAAGAGUGCAGAUGAGCUGCCCUACCUGCGCUGCCCCCUCCACACCAUUCUCAAGCUCACACCUGUUGCCUAUGGCUGCAAAGUGGAGACAAUCACCCUGAAUGUGGAAGCAGUGAACACCCACCGGGACAAACCCUCCCUGAACUCGAGAAUGGCCACUUUAGCAGUGUAGGGGGGUCCUGCUUCCCCCUUGGAUCCAGCUGGGAAUUCCAGGGCCAGGAGGAGCCAGGACUGGAGCAUCCCUGGAGCACCGUGAGCCACGAGCCACCCUGGCCAGUACUUGCCUCAAACUGUGAUUUUUAGAGCCUGUCUGUGUCUCUUCUUUCCAAAUGCUGGAAUGUCUGUCCACGGGGCUGGGGAAGAUUUCAUCGUGGAGGUUUUUCCAAGCUGCUUUUAGCACUUGUAAGCCAACGCAUCCCCGGGUGUUGAAUUCAUGUCCCACGUCUUUCCUCCUGGCCAGGUGCCAAAAUUAACCACAGUGGGAGGACAAAAUAAUCAUGGUUUUCCUCACUGAGGCAGCUUUUCUUUGGAGGAGGCAUUUCCAGGCCAAAUCCCCGAGCUUUUAUUUCUCCAUUACCAUUCCCAAGUUAUUCCCACGUUAUUUCCAAGUUCAAACUUGAUUUUUUAUUUUUUUUUUUUUCAUAUUGUUCAGCCAUCCAGGGAGCUCCAGGUAGGGCUUUGAUUUUUUUUUUUUCCCCUCCAUGAGUGUGAAUCCCCCAAUCUGAGCCAGUUCCUUUGCCCUGGGAAGUUUUGCUUGGAUGUGGCACCCAGCUCAGCACAUCAAUCCCUUGGGCUGCCUCCUGUGAGGGGCAGAUGGGAAUAAACCCUGCU